AUGAUUAUAUCUGACACUCUUGAUCAUCACAUUGUAUCUAUUGUUCAUAAUCUCAAACAACUUGAUUCCAUCUAUGUCUAUAAUCCGAACAGACGAUAUUAUGAACGAUGCACCAAAGAUUGGAUGAAAGUAAAGGGUAUUUUUAAUGAAAUAACAUCCAUAUGUAAUGCAUUAAAACAAGCUACUCAACAAUGUGAUAAAGAUUCCAUAGCAAUGAGUUUCGUAUCGACAAGUGAAAUAUCUCAUUCGAUCAAUCAAGAACGAAUCAAUUCAAAUUUUAUGUACACUGAAUUAUUGAAAGAGGCUCUCCUUGAGAUCGACUUCGAUGAACAGUCUUUGAAAGAAUUAACUGCUUUUUGUCGUGAACAGUACAGUGAAAACAAGAGAGAACUAAAAAAAAUCAACGAAUUCGAACAUGAUUAUCAUCUACAUACGCCGAUCUGGUGGUAUACAUCCGAUUUCUGUCUUCAUCGUAUGCUUAAUCGUGCACUACGUGUAUUCGAAAUGGAUACUAUUUUGAAGAUGGGUUUCUUUCUUGCUGAUGUACAUCGACAAAUUGUAAAAUUACAUCGUAAACAAUUAUCGAAUUAUCAAUCAUCGUUCACUGUCUAUCGUGGUCAAGGAUUGUCGAAAGAAGAAUUUAAUAAACUCAUUCAAACCAAAGAAGGAUUUAUUUCCUUUAAUAACUUCUUAUCUACUAGUAAAGAUCGUUUUGUAUCUCUUCAAUUUGCUCGUAGUGCUCUACAAAAACCAGACUUUGUUGGUCUUCUCUUCAUUAUUAAUAUUGAUCCGAAAAAGUCUUCUACUCCAUUUGCUCUUCUAGACAAUGUGAGUUAUUAUCAAGAUGUUGAACAAGAAGUUCUCUUUUCCAUGCAUACAGUCUUUCGCAUUGGUGAAAUUCAACAACUCGAACAUUCUAAUCAACAUCUUUGGCAAGUCAACCUUAUACUCACGAAUGAUCAUGAUCCAAAGCUUCUUGCUCUAACUAAAAGUAUGCGUGAAGCAACAACUGGAGCAACUGGAUGGUAUCGAUUAGGUCAACUGCUUCUAACACUAAAUGCUCUCGAUAAGGCAGAACAGUUAUAUAUGACCUUAAUCGAACGUACUGCGGGAGAUAAUCAUAAACAAGGACAUAUAUAUCAUAUGCUCGGGAUGAUCAAAAACAAUCAAGGUGAUUAUCCAGCAGCAGUCUCAUUUUUGGAAAAAUCUCUCAAAAUCCAAGAACGAAUAUUUCCUCGAGAUGAUUUAAAUCUAGCGUCUACUUAUAACAAUAUUGGCUCAGUUUAUGAUCAAUUGCGUCAGUACUCAGAAGCACUUUCUUUUCAACAGAAAGCUUUGACAAUUCGACAACGAUUACUUCCCUCGAAUCAUCCAGAUGUAGCCACUUCGUUCGACAAUAUUGGUAGAGUCUAUGCAAAGAUGGGUGACUACUCAACUGCACUCUCAUUUUAUCAAAAGGACUUAGAUAUUAGCACAAAAUCACUUCCUCCAAAUCAUCCAGAUUUGGCUACUUCCUACAACAAUAUCGCUUUGGUAUAUAACAGAAUGGGUGAUGAAACACAAGCCCUCUCUUUCUAUGAAAAAGCACUCGAUAUUAGUCAACAAUCACUUCCGCCAAAUCAUCCCGAUUUAGCUUCUACUUAUAAUAAUAUCGGUUCAGUAUAUUAUCAGAUGGAAGAAUAUGCGAAAGCACGAUCACACUAUGAACGUGCACUAGAAAUUAGUAAACAAUCACUUUCACGAUUUCAUCCUUAUUUAGCUAUUUCAUAUGAUAAUAUCGGUUUGGUCUACUACCAGUUAGGUGACUGCUCAAAAGGACUCUCAUUCUACGAAAAAGCACUAGAAGUAAAACAAAAAUCACUCCCUUCAAAUCAUUCUGAUUUGGCUACAUCAAACAAUUUGAUUGGCAGUGUCUACGAAAAGAUGGGUAACUAUUCAAAAGCCGUCGUUUCCUAUGAGAAUGCUAUUGAAAUUGCUCAACGUUCAAUACCUCCAAAUGACCUUAUACUUCAAUUUUAUAAAAGUAAUCUUGAACGUGUAAAAAAUCGAUCAUAA